GGGAGUGACGGGAGACGCUCUUACACCGCGUUAACUAAUCAUUAAUUAAUCACCCAGCGCGAGCGUCGGGCGCUGGGCUCCCCAGUGCCGAGACACACGCAGGAGCUCCCGAGCUAACCGGGACUCGGCAGGGGAAUCCACCACGUACGAGACAGAGGCGGGAUCCGGGGCAGAUAACGUCCCAGGAAGGCUGGGGGAAGGGGAGGACAGGGACGGCUUCGGACAGAAACUGGACUCGAGCCGAGACUAGGAGGGAGCCGGAGAUAGAACGUCUGAGAGAGGAGCAAGAAGGUCCGCUCGGCUGGGAGGCAGCGUGUGAGGGGGAGGCACGUGAAGCUGAGAGACGCAGACCGAGACGGAGACACGCGGUGCGGAGGGGAAGGGAGAGAAACAGAUAGGGAGAGGAGGGAGGGGGUGUGUCUCUCGGGCUGCAGCUAAAGCUCAUCCCCUGCGCGAGACUGCCCUCGGCCCAGGGCCUCGAUUUCCUCAUCUGUAAAAGGGGUGGACUAGCCGGGCGGCCCCGGGAGCCCUCCCGGCAUCAGAGGAUCCCAAGGAAAGCCCCAAGCUCGGCUGGUUCUCUCCGAGUCUCGGGACAGGGGGAGGGAUGGAAGGCUCCCAGCGGCCUCCCUGUCUGGGAGGAGGCGGGGAGGAGGAGGCUUAGGACUUCGCUGUUGCCGUUCAGUCACGUCUGGUUCUUUGCGGCCCCGUUUGGGGUUUUCUUGGCAAGAUCCCGCCGUGCUUUGGCGUUUCCUUCUCCAGCUCGUUUUACAUCUGAGGAACUGAGGUAAACGUGGGGUGAGGACUUUGGGUGUCACUUCACCCAACCCCUCGGUUUAUCGAGCAGGACCUAGAGGGGCCUUUCCCUAGGAGGGGGCGCGCACGGGCGCUCAGGUAGCCUGGUGGCCCAAGUGCGAGUCGACUCUGGGGCCCGAGCUACCCACCCCCCACCCCGAGAGACUUCGCGGGCACUCGGCGACCUGGUUUUGGGACUUCGAGGCCCCGCCCCCUCCCGCCCCUGCCCCGCCCCCUCCCGCCCUCGCUCCCUUUUCCCUGGGCCCCCGAGCCCGGGAUCGCGCAGAGUGCUGAGCCGCGGCCGGGCAGGAGCGCCGCAGCGACCCGGUGGCCUUCUGAGCUUCCGAGCGUCCGUCGGUGCGCGCAUCGUUCCGAGGUCGGGCAGCCGCGCAUCAAGGUCAUGGCCACCCGGGAGCUCGCCCUGAAGCUGCAGCGGAGGCUGAGAUUGGAGCAGGAGUCCGAGGCCGCGGCCGCGGCCGCGGCCGCCCAGGGGCCGCAGCUGAACGGCUUCGACGGGAAGGGCUACGGGCUGCUGGCGGAGGCGGUGCGGGUCCGGGACCGGAGCCCGGGCCCCCCGAAAUUCGUCCUGGAAGCGCCAGACAAGGAACUCACGGCCAACGCCGACUCGGAGCUGAAGGCUCAGCUGAGCCGGCGCCACAGCAUCCACGAGGGCACGGAGCAGCCCCAGCUCACCAAGGUCUUCAAACCCCACAACGAGUUCCGGGAGUUCAGCCGCCGGCAGAUCAGGGACAUGGAGAGUCUCUUCCGACGAUUUGAUUCCAGCAAAGACGGCUUCAUAGACUUGAUGGAGCUGAAGAUGAUGAUGGAGAGGCUGGGAGCCCCCCAGACGCACCUGGACCUUAAGAACAUGAUCAGGGAGGUGGACGAGGACCUGGACAACAAGCUGAGCUUCCGAGAGUUUUUGCUGAUUUUCCGCAAGGCGGCUGCAGGGGAACUAGAGGAGGACAGCGGCUUGAUGUAUCUGGCAAAACUCUCUGAGGUCGAUGUGGCCAUGGAAGGAGUGAAAGGGGCCAAGAACUUCUUCGAAGCCAAGGUCCAUGUCCUGUCUGUGCCCAGCAAAUUUGAAGCUGAGGUCAAAGCGGAGCAGAUGGCCCGAAAACAGGAGGAGGAGGACAGGAGACAUCGGAAGGCCCUUUUCAGAGAGCUCCAAGCGGCCUUCUCCCAGUAACCACUGCCAGGCGAGGUGUGCCUGAGUGUGGUCAGAGACUUGUCUUGGUGGCCACCGGAUGUGCCUUACAAGUUGGCCUGGAAGGAAUGCCCAGCACCUUGUCCCCCAAGGAGGACCCAUCUCUUUGAAUGUUCAGCAUCUUUGUCAUCCCCGACUAGAAUGACCUUAAGUUUCCUGGCCUUUGGGCCCGAGGGGAGACAGAGUAGGGAAGGUCAAAGUCAGGGAUGGGAGGAAAUUAAUUUCAAGAAAAGAGAGGAAAUUGCCCCUUUCUUAUCUAGCAGCUGUUCCACCACCUAGCGAAAGUUUCCGGCCUUUUGCUAUUUUCUGCCUUUUACUUUCCCUCUGUUCCCUUUUCACCAAGCCUUUCAAAAAGGAAUUGAUGUGCGGUCAUUUGACCAAAGAAAGGUACAACUCUUCCAUUGUCCUGUGUUCCCUUCCCAUGUUCAGGCUCCUUGCCUUCUCAGUGUGCUCAGCAGAAGAAUACACUCUUGGCUUUGUUUUGAGUUUUCCCUCCUAUCAACUCCAGAGACAAGGCUGUUUAAACAUCCUUCCCCUCACCGAGUGUCAAGGCAGGGGGAGGUUUUCAAGAGGCUUGGAGUGCCCCCUCUCCCCCAAAUCCCAGAGUGUUGGAGUGUAGCAGAUAUAAAAGCCACUCUUAUAUUCUGCCAUUCAGAAAGAAGUUCCAUGCCCCUGGAACUCUUUUCCCCAACACUCUGUACCUCCCCGUCGCAUAAUAUUUUGUCAGAUUGCCAAUUUGGAUGAGAGAAUUCGUGCAGGGCACCUCAAGCUAAUCAGACCAUCUGAUCACAGUUCUGGGACUUUUAAUGUAUGGAUGGGUAUGGGCCCUCACUUCAUGACUGGGGGCUAUUCCAAGACCUCUAUACCUCUAACCUUCUGUGAGUAGGGACACUUCAUAAUUGUUUUGGUUUUUUUCCUUCUCCUUUCUAUGCAUCCAUUGGGAAUAACCCUUUUUACCCUCAAUUUUUCCCUUUUGCCUUUUUAUUAAAAAAAAAAAAAAUCACCAUGCUGUCAAAACUGGGCAUGGACGAGUAAUUAAAAGAAAAUAAUUUUUAAUAAAUUGAAGUAUGAAAGAGUACUUGGAGCUCUUUUUAUCAGUACAAAAUAUAAUGUUUCUAAAAGUUCAGUUUUGUCAAUUUGAUAUUUAUUAAGAUAUGGGAUUUUUUAUAUCUCUGGUGUUUUUCAGCCUUCUUAGCUUUUCUUGCCAAAUGAACUAUGCAAAUAAAAUAUCUUAUCUCACUGCUUGCUUUACUUGUUGAAUGGCUGGGAAAGUGGGAGAUCAGAAGAAUAGAUCAGAGGGUUGGUGGGUUUACUCACUUUGAUACCAGCUGCUUGGUACACUGCCCAGGCACAAUUAGUCCUGGUAUUGUGAGUGAGUGAGCACCAUUAGCUCUCUGAAAUAUGGGAGGUCAGAAUUGGCUACGAGACUUAGAGCCAGAAAGGACAACUCCCCCAUUUUUUUACAGAUGAGGGAACUGAGGCCUUGAGUCACGCAGAUGGUAACAGAGCUUCAAUAGUUAUGAUAGUAAUAAUAAUAAUAAAUAGUAACUAGCAUUGACAUAGCACUUUAAAGUUUAUAAGGUGUUUGACAAAUAUUUAUCCUCACAACCAUGGGAGGUAGAUGUGGUUACUAUCCCCAUUUUACAGUUGAUAAAACUGAGGCUAACUAAGGUGAAGUGAGUAGGAAUUGUCUGAGGCUGAGUUUGAACUCCCUCCAAAACCUGUGUUCUAUCCAUUUUCACCCCCAGCAUUUGUGAGGUGAACUCCAACAUUCAUUCAUUAAGCAUGUAUUAAGCACCUACUUUAGCCAGGUACUAGGAAUUCAAAGAUAAGGACAAAAGAGAAAGAGUUUGCAUUUGAUUGAGGGGGAACGGAGGCUUGGACACAGCUUUGACCCUCUUGGUCUAGCCCUAUCUACUAGCUCUGGAGGGAUAUCAAUAACCAUCUGGUCAAAUCACUUCCAUUUCAUACCUGAGAAAACAGGUCAAGGAAGUUAAACGAAUUGGCCAGUCACGUGUAACCAAAGUGGGAUUUGAACCUAGAGUCUGUGUUGUCUUCACUGUACUAUGGCCACUUCUUUGACCUCAGGUCAUUCAGUGGCUUCCCAUUGCUGUUCAGAUCAGUCCCGAAGGGGUGAACCCGGGGCUUAGGGCUCCCACAGCGUGGACGAAACCCUUCUGCUCCCCACAGCUUUGGGACCAGGUUUUUGCCCUGCAUACAAGACAAAAUGAGCAAUCUGGAUCACCAGAGAGGAAAUGGGAGAAUACGCCCACCUCCUGUUCCUGGCUUGCCCAUCCUUCUUAUUUCUAAUGCCUCCCGUUGGCUGUUAUCUCCAGUCUAGCCUGUGUAACCUUAUUUGUCACAGUUCUUGGCAGGCUGCCUCCCAGUAGACUGUAAGCUCUUUGAGAGCAGGGCCAGUGUUUUGGUAUCCCAGCCCUUAGCACUGUGCCUGACACACGAGUGUUUAAUAAAUGCUUGUUUCUUGACUUGGAAAAGUGGGAGCCUGUGUGUACGGAAUAUUAUAUACAUUGUCUAAGGUGUUACUAUUGGGCUUUUUCGUGAGGAAAGACUCACUAAAUGGAGACUUGGGGGAGUAUCUGGAAAAGUCUAAUGGACAAACAUAAAGCAUCAAUAAAGCAAUUUUCAAAAUGAAAA